AUGUCCGGCACAGACAUUGGGCAGCCUCAAGGCGCUGGGAACAAUGCCAGUGAAUUUGUUCGCAAAUUGUUCAAAAUGUUGGAAGACCCUUCACAUCAAGACGUCGCGCGAUGGGGAAAGGACGGUGAUACCUUUGUUGUUGUCGAAGGCGAAAAAUUCACCCGAUCCAUCCUUCCCAAGCACUUCAAGCACAGCAACAUGUCCAGCUUUAUUCGCCAAUUAAACAAGUACGAUUUUCACAAAGUCAAGCCAUCUGCCGAUGCCGACGGCUCGGCGCCCAGCGGCAAUGUACUCGAAUUUAAGCACCCAAACUUUCGCGUAGAUAGCAAAGACGAUCUCGAUAAUAUUCGUCGCAAAGCCCCUGCUCCCAGAAAGGCACAGCAGCCCGAAGACUUUACCACGAGCCAGCACGUCAGUGUCAUUUCCGAACAGCUCACCGCCACGCAGCAGCAGGUCCAGCAGCUGCAAGAGCUCUUUGCCGAAGUUUCCCAAACCAAUCGACUCCUCGUCAACGAAGUCUUGACCCUACAAAAGAUGGUCAAUGCUCAAAAAAGCGCCCAACACGAGAUGCUCAACUACCUGACCUACCCCGGCCGCACAAACCCUAUGAUGAACCGUUCCAUGGCCCCCAACGGAGCGGUUGCGCAGACCGAAGGUGAUGAUUCCGCGCCCGAAUUGCGAAGAGCGCGUGAGCUUUUGGCUAGUGUCGCACCCGAUGUUGCUGCCGAUCGCGAGCUCGAGCGACUGCACGACGUAUACGGCCCCAUGACCGAUUCUAGCGCCAUGGUUACUCCCGUCACCCUGCCCAUGCUGCACGACCCCAUCACCGACCUAAGCCGAUAUCCCGUCUAUCCUGUAGGCCAAACUGUCGGCAUCGACCCUUUUGCCUCGGACCACAUCCAGAAACUCCCAUACGCCAUGCCCGGUGAGGCUGCUGCGGCCGGUGCGCUCGCCGAUGCCCACCACCACGCCCAGCAGCACACACCGACUUCGUCGGGCCCUACCCCUAUCAUGGGAGCUGCCGCGCCUGCCAAUUUGAGAGAAGCGCCGGCCAUAUGGGGAAUCAAGAAGCCUCACGUUUUUUUGGUCGAGGACGAUCCAACGUGCGCCAAGAUUGGUAUAAAAUUUCUCAAGUCUAUGGGAUGCGAAGUCGAGCAUGCCCCUGAUGGCGCCGAGGCCUUUAAUCGGAUGAAUGCUGUGGGAAGAGACCACUUUGAUUUAAUCUUCAUGGAUAUCAUCAUGCCCAAACUCGAUGGUGUCUCUGCUAGCAUGUAUAUACGGCAGCAAAGCCCUUCGACACCAAUCAUUGCCAUGACGUCCAACAUUCGCCCGGACGAAGUCAAUGGAUACUUUGAGCAUGGGAUGAAUGGUGUCUUGGCUAAACCAUUUACCAAGGAAGGGAUGCUCAAGUCAGUAAAGACACAUCUGGCUCACUUGCUCAAGAACCCGCCUCCGGCCGAUGGUGCUGGCGCGUUCAUCAUGCCUGCAAUGGGAUUCAUGGACGGCGCGACGCCCGUCAAGCUUGAGCCUCAGACGGCGGGCUCAGGUAACAACUGGCCGCCGAACAAUGGCAUGUCGCAAGGCGAGGUCGAUCACGGAUACAUGGUGAAUGGCGCUGCAGGAUAUCAGAUGGCGGGCGGAAGCCGACAACCUUUUUCUGGCAUGGACGGCCCGUCGGGGCGAAUGGCGCCGGAUCAUGAGAGUCCUCCAGAAAAGCGGCAACGGCUGAAUAAUUCGCAAGGCAACUUUGUGAGCUAG